CAAAUCCUUCCUCUUUUCCCCUCGCACCAGUAAGUACACCCCUGUACCACCAGUAGCCGCCGCGCUGCUCGCCUCUCCUCUGGUGGCGGCUCGCCUCCCUCCCCCAUCCCCACCCGCCGCCGCCUGCUCCUCCUCCUCUCGCUCCCUACCCAGAGCGCGCGUAGCUAGCUAGCUACCUACCUAUCCGAAGGAGAGGGGAGAAGGGUCGGCCGGGUGCUCUCGGAUCUCGCCGUUGCCUCCCGUUGGGAUCUCGCUUGUUCGCUCCAUGGCUGCCGUCGCGCCGCCCCCGGCCCCGACCGACGCGCCGGUGCCGGCUGCUGCUGCUGCUGCCCCAGCUCCCGCCGCUGCUCCUGUCGCGGAUCAAACCACGGAUCUGCUGCAGAAGUUGUCGCUGGAUUCGCAGCCCAAGGCGGCGGAUGCAACCGAGCCUGCUGGUACCAAGAAGCAGGGUGCUGCAGCUAGCCAACCGCUGAGCGUGUCGAUUCCGCCGGAGCGGUCCAUCACGCCGGUGCUUCAGGAUUUUAUGGAUCCCAACCUGUUCUAUCUGCCAGCGUAUUACUAUGGAGGCUACGACGGUUCCAUGAGCGAGUGGGAUGAUUAUCCUAGAUAUCUAAAUCCAGAUGGAGUGGAGAUUGCCCCAGCAGUAUAUGGAGAUAUUUAUGGAUAUGGGUAUGCUCCUUAUGGCGCAUACUCUCCUGCCAGUUCCCCAGUUCCAACAGUCGAUGGUCAGAUGUUUGGCACGCAGCAUUACCAGUAUCCAACUGCGUAUUUUCAGCCUCCUACACCGGUAACUGCUCAAGGCGACCUGCAGUCUUCUGUCAAUUCUGAAAAGCCAGCAGCUAAAGCAGAUCCUGCCAAGACAACGACUAAUGGUGUUCCUAAUGGUACUGCUCACAGUAACAUCGGAACUGUACCCCUUGCGUCAAGCCACCAAAAUUCAUCACUGACGCCUGAUGGAACUUAUGGGGCACCCUUGCUAGGUGGAGUUCCUUCUGCUGGUUACAUGGACUCAAUGUAUGGAUAUGACAGCACAGGAGCCCACUAUGCAUGGUAUGAUGGUUCUGCUUAUACAAAUGGACAUCAAAGAACAACCUCAACUAAUCAUAUGUUGCCCUCGACAUUCAAUGGUAAUGUUUCUUCAGCAAGAAAUCAGAACAAGAGCUCCACAACGCAGCAGAUGUUUAUGCAAAACCGAAGACCUACAACUACAACAGGAUCAGCUGCUCCUACAUAUCCAAAUAGGAUGUACCCGAGCUCUCGUCCUUACACCCAAUACGGGAAUUCAAUGAAAACUGGUCUUUUUGCUUAUGGCAGUAAUGGUUACAAUUCCAGGAUAUAUGGUCAAUGGGGUGUUGGUAUGGAUAACAGGUACAGGCCUAGGGGCCGUGGUAAUGGAUACUAUGGUUUUGGCAAUGAGAGUCAGGAUGGAACAAUUGAGUUAAACAGAGGUCCCAGAUCUGGCCGUUUCAAGAACCAGAAAUUAUAUGGUCAUACUGUUACUAUUGCUUUGAAAGGGCAGAGCCUUCCUUCUGGUGAAAACAAGAAUGAUAGUGCUGUACCUGAUAGAGCACAGUUCAACAGAGAUGAUUUCCCUGUUCAAUAUGAUGAUGCGAAGUUCUUUGUCAUUAAAUCGUACAGUGAGGAUGAUAUCCACAAGAGUAUAAAAUACAAUGUGUGGGCUAGCACGACCAAUGGAAACAAGAAGCUUGAUGCUGCAUAUCAGGAAGCACAGUCAAAGGGCUCUGCAUGUCCUAUAUUCUUGUUUUUCUCGGUGAAUACUAGUGGGCAGUUUGUUGGUAUUGCUGAAAUGACUGGUGCUGUUGAUUUUGAGAAAACCCUGGAGUACUGGCAGCAAGACAAGUGGAAUGGUUCCUUCUCUGUCAAGUGGCACAUUGUCAAAGACGUGCCCAACAAUAUUCUCAAGCACAUCAUUCUAGAGAACAAUGAGAACAAGCCUGUCACAAAUAGCCGUGACACACAAGAGAUACAUCUUGAACAAGGCAUUCAGAUGCUUAAGAUAUUCAAGGAGCAUGUUAGUAAGACCUCCAUCCUGGACGACUUUGCCUUUUAUGAGAGCCGCCAGAAGUUGAUGCAAGAGAAAAGGGUGAAACACCAGCAGAUCCAAAAGCAGGUCUGGGACAGUAGGGCCCCGAGUUCUGUCACCGGAGAGCAACAGCAGGAAGUUGCUAAUGGGAAGCCAAAGCUAUCUGUACCAAACGGAGUCAACGGAGAGCUGAAGGUUCCUGCAGAGAACGGCAUUGCUCCCGUCGCUACCUACGCCGCAAAGGUGGCCCAAACAGCAACCGAGAAACCCAUCCUCGCCAACGGAGUUGCUAAGACUGGUUAGCUUGAUCGCGUAACCAAUGUUCCCUAGCUAGCCGUGAAGAUGGACCAUCCAGUCCUGACGAAUUCAACCGAAGUGCGGUCCCAUGGAACUGGUGAUCUAGUAAGGCUACCACUGGAAGUGUGGAACUGGCAGCAUGGCCCCAAGAGCCUUGCUUCACUGCGCAACUGGAGAGCAGUUGGCUAGUUAUUAGUUUUUCCUAGAUUCUCUUUACCGUAUUCCGUUUCAGUUUCCGUUUGUUUAGCUCGAAGACUCCUUAAAUAGUAUUAUAUCAUCAUCAGAAUGCCAGAGACCAGUGCUGGGCAAAAGGAUUGCGAAGGCCGUCUGGCUGGGUGCGUGUCGUUAUGGUCGAGUAUACCCCGUCAUUGUUAUAUUGAGUGGAUCUGAAAGUGGGUUAGAUUGGAUCUUUCCUUUACUGGUUUAUUAUAGCGGAAUCUUAUCUUUUUUUA